UUCAAAUACAAAGCGAUUUCAGCACAGUAAACGGGAAGGUUUUCCUAUUCUACGCCAUUGUGUCGUUUUGCUCUCUGGAGUUUACUUUUUUGUCAUACAGUAGUUGACUUUCGUGGUGGAACAGGAUGAGCUCUGUUGAGGGGAAUGAUGAGAACUGUGGCAUCUACCCCAAAGGAGGGAAGCUCAGCAGCACAAAAGAAGAUAUUUUCGAGCUAGACCAGCUGACCGGGAGGCCCUCCAUCUUGCGUCAGACGGAGAACCUCCCCAGCAAGACGGUGCCCAAGGGCGCAAAGGUUUGUUUCCAGACUCCGCGAAGAGACCCACACACUAAGAGGAUUCUAUCUCCUGCAAAGUCAGUCCAAAUGACAAGUGUGGAUGAGUGCACAAAAGCACUCGAGUCCUUGAAUUUGGACAUGACAAACACUGAGCCACCAGAGACAUUAAAGCAACCAGAUGGUCCUGCACAAGAACAGUCUUCCUAUCCUGAUGAUAACAUCCCGAUACAAAGUAAAGGAGUCUAUCAGUUGGACUUUAACAACCUGGACAGCAUGAACCCUUUUGGGGGUUCUAAUAAGAUGGUUCUCUCACCCACGAAGCCUCCAUCUGAGAACGCCGUUCCCAAACAGCCGGACGAUAUGUGUGAGGAGCCCACCAACAAGUCCAAUUUGGCGCUGGAUGAGACCCUUCCUUUCACUCGCUCAGUGGAGAACUCCCUCAUCAACGCCUCUGCUGAAGUCAGCUCGGCAGACAGCAGCGUGGUCACCGUGGUGAAGGUUCCUGUCGUGGAACAAGAGACACGCAGCGCCACACCUGACAAAGUCCCCGCUGGGACACCCCCCAGAGACGAUGAAAACAAACCUUCAGAUGGUUUUGUGGAAGAUGAGCCCCUUCUGGCAAAAGGAACCUACAAGAUUGAUUUUGACAGUAUUGACAUGAUGGAUCCUUUUAAAAUGGGGGGCUCCAAAAUCCAGAAUUCCCCUGUCCUGUCGAGGAAGGCACUAGAAAGUAAACCACCCAUUGAGGAGGCCCCGAUAAUGGCUGCUGAUGAAGAGGUGCCUGUUCAAGCUGAUAAAAAGCUCAUCGCCAACACUGAUUCGGAGCACCUGACGGCAGCCCCGCCCACCAAGCACGGUCCAUUCAAGCUAGAGUUCAACUUUGACGACGACGAUGUCAAAGCGAAACCCCCGCCCAAGAAGUUUGCCGCAAAACCACGUGGUCACAAGCCCAAAGAGGAGAAGCCUUUGUCCGACAGCAAAGCGCCAGUAGAUGACGUGGACAAGUCGGCAGCCGGCAAUGCUGCAGAUGCGAUUUCCCCCAAAGGCUUAUACUCGAUUGACUUUGAAAAGAUGGACGAUCCCAACUUUAACCCUUUUGGCACAAAGUCCAACAUCAGCAACUCUCCCGGGAGCAGUCCGCACACCAGCCCUCGGCGCAACACUACACAUAAAACAGUUGCUCAGGCUGGUGAGGAGAGCAUGGUCACAGAUCAAGCCAACACUGAAGUGCUGCAGGAGCAGAAAGCUGAGGAGACUGUUUGUGACAAAGACCAGGGUUCACCUCCCAAAGCUGAAAAGCCUUCCAACGAUUUCGCCGAAAAACAACCGCAGACUAACUUGCCAGAGUUCACUGAGAUGUUUGUGCCUGGGACAGAGUUCAUGUCCAACAACUUUGAGGCACAAAUCGACUACCUUGAACAGUUUGGCUCAACCAGGUUCAAGGAGUCUGCACUGCGCAAACAGUCCUUGUACCUUAAGUUCGACCCCUUGCUGAGGGAAAGCCCGAAGAAGAUUGGAGCCCCUGGCUUUCCACUACAAGCCCCUCACCCCACGUCUCUCCUUUCACGGGUUGAACCUCUACCAGUGGCUGAAGAGUCUGCCGCGACUCCUACUCCCCAAAUCCUCGAGAGCCUCGUCCCAGCUUUCAGGCAGCCUGCAAGCUCAGAGGACAUCAUUGAUGUGCUCAAGUACAGUCAGAAAGACAUGGAUGCAGCCAUUGCUAAAAUGCAGGCCGAGGCCAAGGAAAAAGAAGACCAAAUGUGUGCAAAGUACAACCAGUUACAAAGCGAUGGUCAAGAAAUGAGGAAAAUAAUUGCAGAAUUUGAACUCAUGAUUGCAAAAAUGAUGGCGGACCAAGAGAAGGAGCGCCAGGCUUCGCAAGCCAAGCUGGACGAGGUCCUGCUUGAGAAGGAGCAGGUGUCCAGUGACCUCAACGCCAUGGAGAGAUCCCUCUCGGACCUUUUUAGACGACUGGAAAAGUACAAAGAGAUCAUUGAGGGGUUCAAAAAGAAUGAAGAAACCCUGAAAGCUUGUUCUCAGGACUACAUGGUUAGGAUCAAGCAGGACGAGAAGCGCUACCAGACCCUCAAAGCUCAUGCCGAGGAGAAAAUUAGCCAAGCCAACGAGGAAAUCGCUGAAGUGCGAGCCAAGAACAAGGCGGAGGUGUCGGCGCUGCAAGUCCAGCUGCGGCGUGAGCAGUUGAAGGUGCAAUCGCUGGAGAAGAACCUGGAUCAGAAGGUGAAGGAGUUUGAAGAGCUGACCAAACUCUGUGAUGAGCUCAUCAGCAAUGUCCAGAAGGGCUGAAUGUCCCCACUCCCUGUACAUAUUCAAUUGUAGUAUGUUUUCUCUUUAAUGUUGUUCUCGUCAUUGUCAUUCUCUUGUUAAUGUUGGUCCGUUUUUACAAUACUGUUAAAUAUGAUUAAAGAUUUAAUUGUACAGUAUGCUGAGGUUUAAUGCUGUCGUGUAGAGAUGCAAUUAGAAGACCAGACAUGUACCUGUAUUCAAAUGUUUUCUUCAUUUGAGGUUUAAUUUAGGUUAACCCUGCUACAAUUGGACCCCCCCUUUGCUGACUGUUGGGCUGCAAGUUGCCUCCACGUUGGGAGUGAUUUUUGAAUAGUUUUUUUUUUUUCAUUGUAAAGAGAUAAAAUACUUUUGCAAUACACAGUAUAGUUUGUGUCGAAAUUUGCAGUGACAUGUUGAGCAUUUAAAAGUUAUGUCUACUUGAAAAACUUGCCUUGUGUAUACAAGAUGAAUGAGAAAGAAAUGCUGUAAUGAUAAUAAAAUAAUGCAAUUUA